UCAAUUUGAGGCAUUUGUUGUAAUUACAUUGUUAGAUUUGCUAACUUUUUGUCCCUCUCGUGUCACCGGAGAUUUUCAGUUUUUCACCGGUGGUUCUCUGUUUUUUGAAACUUCCUCCGCCUGAAAUUUAUUUAAAGAACUUGAAAUCUUAAGUAAGGAUGAACAAAACACAUGGACUGGCUUUAAGAGAGUUAGGGUUUGAUUUGUGCAUAGAGAAGCCAAACUAAACAUUGAGAUUUUUAGGAUAAGGAAGAUUUGACCAUUCAGCUAGAGAUGGAGUUGGAUCCAAAGAAGUUUUCUCAACUAUUGGACAAAAUUGAAGCUGAAGCUGAUGAGUUUCUUCUAGCUCGGAAUCAGAUGGUGGAGAAUGACAAAGAGAGAAAUGCGAACCGAGAGGCUCUUACAGCACUUAGGAAGAGAGCUCGGACAACAAAGACUAGUGUUCUUUCUCCAUUCGAUUCUAUGAUGAAGGAUACACAUGGUAGCUCAACCAAACCUUUGGUCCAAGAAGUUUGCUCCUCGUGUGGAUCCCAUGACUCUAGUGAACCCACUUGGAUGAUGCUACCUGGAGCUGAUCUUUUUGCUGCGGUUCCCUUUCAUGCUGUGCAUACAAUGCUUGAGAAAGAUGAAGAGAAAUUGGAGUUUGAAUCGAAGAAGUUGCAAAGCUUAGUGAAGGAGAAGGCUCUUUUCAUAUCUGAACUAGGUGCUCUUGCUGAUAGUACGUCCCCAGGCGUGAUCAGGUCGUUGGUGGCGUUAAAGGACAAACCUUUAGUCAAGUAGAAGAACAAUGUUGGUUUAUCCAUUUCUGAUGUUGAAGUUUUGAUUAAUGUCACUUGUAUUGUAUGUUGGAUCAUCUUUAAUAUUAAUUAAAU